AUGUCGGCUCCUCGAUCCCCCUAUCGCCAAACCCAUCGCCAGUCGGCCGGCCCACGGCGACGAGAAUCGAACCACCCCAUCAUCUCGCCCGAGAAGGCACGCACCUCAAGGUACGCGGUUAGUGAGGAGCUGCCCGUCCACCACGGUCGCCAUCACCGAGCCCCUCCGCCGGGAAGCAGAGUUAAAGUAAAGCCUUCCGGCGAAAGCGGCCGCACAGGCUUCCAUCCCUUCAAGUUUCUCAAAAUUACUUGGAAGUCCUCAAGCCGGGCGUCCCUCGUUUGUAACUUCUUCUGGCCCGUGGUCCCCGCCGCCUUUGCCGUUCGUUACACUCGCCCACAAGACCACGUCCUGAUCUUCAUUCUCACCUUCGGUGCCAUCGUUGAAGUCAUCCUCUUUAUGGUGCUAUUAGCAGGCGACCAGUUCACUGUCAUUAAGGCUGCUAUUCUCGGUUCGAUAUUAGCGACAAUGCUCCUGUGUCUAGGAUUAUGCUUUAUUGCUGGCGGCAUACGACGAGACGAGGCUGAGUUCAGUGAGACCGUCAGUGAAGCCGGUAGUGGCUUGCUACUCACGGCAGGGGUCGCCUUGGCCAUUCCCGCCCUCUUUAGCUACUCCAUGGCCAAGUCGCUUACGGUUGAGGAGCUCAACAGCAAGACGCUGCAUAUCUCACGACUUGUGUCUGUCUUGCUUGUUAUAGCUUAUAGUGUCUUUGUGUUGUUCCAGGCCCGGACGCAUCACGGCAUCUACGAUGCCAUUUUCGAGCGCGACGAGCAGCGCGACCGUGACAAGCACAAGGACAUCAACAAGCCCAAGCUGACGCUGACCGAGUGCAUUAUAGCCCUCGUCAUUUCCAUCACGCUUGUGGCAUUUAUGGCCAUCUAUCUUGUCGAGCAGAUCCAUCCCAUUGUGCUGAAGCAUGGUAUCUCGGACCAUUUUAUGGGCCUCAUCCUCGUGCCUCUUGUGGAGAAGGCCGCCGAACAUCUGACGGCUGUCGACGAAGCAUGGGAUAACCAAAUGAACUUUGCCCUCUCCCACGUCCUGGGCGCCACACUACAAACAUCCCUGCUCAACGGUCCGCUCGUCGUUAUUGUCGCCUGGGCCUGGCACAAACACAUGGAUAUCGUCUUUGAGGUCUUUGAUAUUGGCAUGCUUCUCCUGUCCAUACUGACGGUCGGCAACUUCCUGCGCGACCAGAAGAGCAAUUACUUGGAAGGCUUCCUAUGCGUUAUCGUCUAUCUCGCCAUCGCCGUUGCGGCCUUUUACUACCCCAACCCGGAGGGUCUCGGCGAGCACUAA